GCAUUCCAUAUGGAACUUCUGAUGAACAUUGCACGAAGCACUAGCUCGGAAGAGUGAUAUUUGUACUGAGUGUUACGGGAAGCAAGGGAACUUCUGCAGAAGAUGGCAUUCGUGUCACACUUGUUCCUCAUCUUCUGGAAGAAUGUGUACAUGAUCCAAAUCCGUCGCCAUUAUUUCGUCACCCUCAUAGAGAUCGUCGUCCCUGUCCUCAUAGCUUACGUUAUCGGCUAUGGUGGCAUCAUCAGUCACACGCACAAGGUACUCACGCAUGUCAAGAUUCCACCUCCACGAGGGCGCUCCAUCGAACUUGUCGUUGGGCUGGGGUUACAGCUACCGUACAACAGCGAAUACUCUAUAGUUAUGCCCCAGAAUUUUGACGAGCCGCGCAACACAAGCGGAAUGCCGGAAAAUAUUGUACGACAGCGUCUAUCAUCCACGCCAGCGCCCUCCACUACCCUCUUGCCGAAGGCGAUCGAGCAAGCAGCCAAGAACCCAGUAAGACACACACUGGGAUCGCUGCCGUCAGUCAUUAGCCUGCUCUUCAUGUUGCCCGUAUUCGUGAAGAGGCUCAGCGAUGACCUCUCCUGUGGAGCGAAGGAACUAAUGAGUAUCAACGGCCUGUCGGAAACAGCGUACUGGACUGGCAACUUUGUUGGGGUUUUCUUCGAGAUGUUCUUGGUGCAAACGCCAGUAAUCGUGCUCUUCAAGUUCAAUCCCGUCACCGGAGCGGAGGGCCUUUGGGUGAAGACUGACUACCUCGUUUUGAUAGUUUUUUUUACCGUGUACGCCGCUUCAGCAUCAUGUUUCUCCAUGAUCAUUGCCAUCAUCAGCCCCAGGCCAAAUAUUGGUAUGGUGCUGACGUUCCUGAUUAUGGUGAUCACCCUAAUUGCUCCAAUGGUGAUCUUGACCGUGACUGGAGCUAGCCUUAGGGACGCCUACCUGCCUUCAAAAACUGCUUAUGUCGCGCACCUUGGCACAUGUCUACUGCCAAACAUAGGAUUCGCCUACGGACUGACUAUUAUCUGUGAGAGUGAAGAACUUGGUGUCGGUAUCACGUGGGACAACUUCACGACCCAUGAGAGUUUCUACAAGCUAACGUUAGGCAAGGUGUGCUUGGCUCUAGCUAUAUCAUGCUUCACCAGCGUCUCCGCCGCCUGGUACCUCAAGAAUGUCUGGCCCUUCGGCUACAGCUUUCCCAAGCCGUGGUGGUUUAUAGUUAUGCCGAGCUACUGGGGCCUCUUUGCUGGCGUCGGUAUCACGGCGGAGGAUGCAAAGAUGAUCAGAGAAGACCCGCAGCUGUUCGAGCCGGUGCCGCAUACUUUAGAAUCUGCGAUUGUCAUAUACAGGCUUAGUAAGCACUUUGGUCCCAUCAUGUGCCGUACCACAAUCUUGCACGACGUCACCUUCAAGAUCUUCCAGGGGCACAUAACGGCACUUCUGGGUCGAAAUGGGGCUGGAAAAUCUACAUUGCUGCGCAUUAUCACCGGAUCUAUCAAGCCCGCUGAGGGAACGGCAUUCGUUGAGGGCAUGGAUAUUCGUAAACAGAAGACUGCUGUACGCAAGGUGAUAGGGUACUGCCCGCAACACGCCGCUCUCUACCGCGAAAUGACAGUGCAAGAGAACCUCUGGCUCUUCGGUCGCGUUCGAGGAAUGACAAACUCAGCUACUGAAGAUGCACUUUCUCUGCUUGUAUUGUCAUUCCAAAUGGGAGAAUACGAGAAGACCCUUGUCAAGCGCCUCAAUGCAGGACAGAAGCGAAAGCUACAAUUGGGAAUUGCACUCAUUGGUGAUCCAAAGAUGUUGCUGUUGGACGAGCCUACAGUCGGAUGCGACACCGAUACCCGUAACGCCCUGUGGCACUCUAUCCUCAAGAUUCGCGGGGCCCGUGGCAUACUCCUCGCAACUAACUGCAUAGAGGAGGCUGAUAUUCUUGGUGAUCGGUCCGCAAUCAUAAGCGGCGGUGUAGUCCGUUGCUGUGGUUCGGCCCUUUUCCUGCGUAAGAAGUACGGGUACGGCUAUCGCCUGACCAUGACCAUUUCUGAGAUUGCCAAUGUGAAGCACAUUACCGUGUUUGUGGUGAAGAUCGUGCCAACCGCCUCGGUGUUCCUGGAGCGCAACCGGUUCAUCGUGUUUACCCUAGGGAAUGUGGACCACGAACACAUGAUCAGUCUGCUGUCAGCCCUGGAAGAACAUCGGCGAACUCUAGGCAUAUUCACCAUGGGAUUGGCGGCUACUUCUUUGGAGGACGUGCUACUUAAAGUCGACGAGUUCGAAGAAGGCGCAAUGCUCGGAGAUUCGAGUGAAGCCUCCUCUAGCGACAACGUAGAAAAGCAAACUAACAUGCAGCAGUCGGCCAUGCAAUCUUCGAUGGAGGGCAAAGACAAGGACAAAGGCGGCAAGGAAGAAGCCUACGACCGCAACGAUCUGAUUCCCUUGAGCGGUGUUCCCCUCUUUUUCCUCCAGUUCAAGUCCCAGCUCAACAAGAAAAUGAGCUACUACAAACGUAGCUACGUUGCCCUCCCCACGCUGAUUUUCUUCGUGUUUAUCAUUACCGUGAUCCGUUGCCUCGCAAUUACCUUCAUUCCCUUUGAAACUGUCAAGGGUCUCUCCGUCGAAACCCUUCCUGUGCGUGCUGCGUCUCCAGACAAUACGAGUGCAAGAAAGAUGUCAGGCAGCAAGGACACCAUGGCUGCGGAAAUUGACGGAGUGAUGCGCGACUUGCGUGUUGUGGCCUCUGCACUGGACCGAAUGGUGGAAGUUCGAAAGAUCGACGUGGACUGGUUGAAGGAGAACGUGGUCAGCCCCCUCUUCACGGUAACGCUGAUGGCUCGCAUCCUGGACGCUUUGCUCAUCCCGCUGUCGCUGUCCUUGAUGGCUGCGGUCUAUGUUAUUCUUCCCAUCGAGGAAGAAUUCUCUAAGGUCAAAAAAGUUCAGCUCAUGACUGGUAUCAGCUCUAGCCGGUACUGGAUCUUCAACUACUUCAUCGACUACAUCACCUACAACGUCCUCAUCGUCAUCUCUUUCCUGCCCAUCUACAUUGCUGAUCCCCGCGAAAUGACUGGAAGAGACACAAGAGUUCUGAGUCGCUACUUCAUGCUUUUCAGCAUGUUUGGCUUCGCAUUUUUGCCGGUGGACUACUUCGUAUCUUUCUGGGUUGAGACGUCUACUGUUGCCUACUUCAGUUUAAUUGUUCAGGCAUUCCUAACAGGGACCAUGACAAGCAUGAUAUUGUUCUUUGUGGCACCGAACUUCGUGUCCAAAAUGGUCAAAGAAAAAAAGACCAUUCAGCGAUUCUAUAACAAGUUGUCGGUACCUUUUCGCUUGAUUCCAAACUUCGCCAUAAGUCGUGGCUUCGGCAACAUCAACCGCAACCUUCAUGCACAGCUCAUUUGCUGCAAUCUUCCUAUCGCUGUGCUGGAAAUGAUCUGCAACUAUUUUACCGGAGGAUACAGCAAGAACUGGUUGACUACACAGGACAUUGAGUUUUGGGAUGUCAUGUACGAUGCAUGUCCAGACGCUUGCACUAGGCUCGAGGACCGAAGGAAAGACUUGGCUUGUGAAAUAUCUCGAGUGUCAUCCGAGGAGGUCACCUCGGACUACAAUUGGGACCUCAUGGUAAUGGCCUUCAGCGGUUUAUGUGUACUCUCCGUCGUUAUUUUUCUGGACGCCAAGAUGCCAAGCAAGGUCAAAUCUCAGGAACUCAUGUCCCGGGCUGAACUGAAGGCAAAGCGAGCUAUGCAGAAUCUGACUGAUCCGUCAGUCCUGGAAGAACGAGAUCGCGUGGAAGAUCUCGUCAAUGCGAUGGUACAAGGCGAAGAAGAAGGACUUUUGGGGAUACUCGUGCACAAGCUUGGAAAAACUGUGAAGGAUGUCCACAUCCUUGGCCAGUUAAGCUUUACUAUCCAGCCUGGCGAGACAUUCGGCAUCCUGGGUCUCCAGCAGUCUGGCCGAAGCUCUGUGCUGUCCAUUCUUGCCGGUGACAGAGAAUUAGGACGUGGUAACGCCUACAUCGAAGGUUGGGGCAUCCGUCGACAUCCUACACAGUACCUGAGGCGUGUGGGUUACUGUCCUGAGGAAGAUCCCAUCAUCACCAGGCUGUCUGGACGCGAAAUGCUUACGCUUAUCGGAAGACUUCGUGGCAUACCCUACGACACCCUGCAGAAAGAAAUUCGCUACGUUGGCAACCAGGUCGGCCUUACCAAGAUCAUUCACAAUCUUACUGCUGACUAUGGUUCUGGAAGCAGAAGGAAGUUGGCUCUCGGCAUGAGUCUCAUGGGAGACCCACCCGUUGUAAUCCUGCACGAAUGCACCCAGGGCGUGGACCCGGCAUCUCGUGGUCGCCUCUUCCGAGCCAUCACGAGGAUCCAACGGAGCAACGGGAUGUCAGUGCUCUUCACCUCACACUGCAUGCGCGAAUGCGACCACCUGUGCUCGAGGGUAGGCAUCGUUUCGGACGGCGACUUCACGCGUGUUGGCGACACGGUCACUCUGAAGCAGACAGCAACUCAGGGGUGCACUAUUAUCGUCAAGCUGACAGUCAAGCAGAGCAUACAGGAGGGCUCCAUCAAGAACCUCAACCGAGGCAUCAAGCGGGAGUUCCCGAACUCUGCCAUCUAUGAAAAACGGGAGGAUCAGAUGCGCUACAGGCUGAAGCCGAGCUCGGACUACCCGCUCGUCUGGAGCGAAGUCUUCAGAAAGCUGCACCUCCUGCAACAGGAGAUUAAGUUCGAGGACUUUCUCGUGAACGACACGUCGCUGGGAGAGGUGUUCAUCGGCUUCGCUAGAGAAAGGAAGAUGGUGGAUUUUGGAGAAGACAACAUUUGCUACUUCGAUAAAGAUGAGCCGUCGAAAGAUGUAAAAAAGAGUGCAACUCUGAAGGAAUUGUUAUGAAGGAAUGUUUAUUACGCACAUUAUAAAAGGAAUUUGUUUUCUUGCUCA